CAUAAACACUAAUAAAAUUCACAACAAUAUUUUGGUUCGUUUACUUUUUGUGUAUUAAAUUUUUUCUCUCAAUUGGAACGCUUUUGUUGACGCUAUUUUGCUUAUCGAUGCAUAUAUCACUAACGCUUUACACAAUUAAACGAAUUAUGGUUUGAUAUCUACUGCCACGGAUACAGUUUUUCAUGCUUUGAGUUUAAUGCUCACCAAUCAUCAAUAAACUGGUUCUUGGGUACAUUUGUUCAUCUAUGAGUAACCACAUAAGAAAGACCAAUUGACCUCAUCUGCUAUCCUCACAAAUUGGACUUGACAUUUCAUUCAUAAUUUUGAAUCUCAGUGGUUUACUUUCUAUCCAUUGGCCUCCAAUCUUUACCUUUUCAUCAAAAUGAAUGAUUCUAUUUCCAGUGAUGAUGAGAUAUCAGAUAUCAACAAGAUUGUCCAAGAUGCCAAAGAUCUUUAUGAAAAGCUGAUUGAAGAUGAAGAGACAGCUAACCAGUUGUUGUGCAAAGCGACUUUCUUGAAUAAUGCCGCAGUCACAAUGGUUGAGUACCAAGAUAUUAUAGAUGAUUUAGAUGAAGAUUCAAAAGAUAAUCCUAAUCCAAGUCAAACUUCAGCGAUCAUAACUGAAAGCCGGCAAUUGAAUCAACUUCAAAAUGAGAAUGCUCAACUUAAGAUGGCUUUAGAGGAUCAUCAAUUUGCAUUAGAGCUGAUUAUGAGUAAAUAUCGCCAGCAAGUGUGCCGAUUCUUAAAUUACCAGAAAUGUCAAAAAAUGCCAAUGAUAAAAUCAAGUUGUUCAACUGAAACUGUACAUCAACUCUCAACUCGAAUCAAAGAUAUGUCACAAGUUAUGAUGGACGCAAUAGAGGCUGAUGAAGACAGUCAAGUGAAAAGAGAUAGAAUUAUUUCUCAAUUAAAGGUGGAAAACGAUACUUUACGAGAAUUGGUUAAAAUUGCACUACAAUUUGAAUCCCUAAAGAUAGAAGAUGUUCCAAGUGAUAUUUUAUUGAACAUCCGUUAAAUAUAUUAUUUCUAUUGAAAUUAUUGAUACGACGAAAAUUAUUACACAUUUUCUUAUUUAUAAUCCAUUUUAAGAUGCUAAAAAAUAUUCAAUUGUAAUAAGGCUGUAUCUGAAUGUUUUAUAAUUGUAAUUGGCGAUUAAGGUGAAACAAUAAACGAAAUACGUUUUUUAUAA